CAGAUGUAUACCGUCCGAUUCUUCUCCUUCCCGAUCCUUCUGCUUUCAAUUCCUCCCCUUCCUCGGUCCCUCACCUCCAUCCCUGUCCCUCUCGAUGCGACCCUCUCCAUCUCCUUCCCGUGGCCACCCCAACCAUCGCUGCCGCCACUGGCUCCCGAUCCCGUCGCCACACGACUGUCUCUUCGCUCGCGGCCUCCCUCCUCGCGCUCCUCUGCCCAGACCCAAGCCGUCUGCGCCGCCACCUUGCUCCUGCGCGCCUGCUCUUGCGGCCACCUCCACAUCCUCCUGGUGUCCCACUCCCUCUCCUACACGCACAACGACCCCUUCCCUGGGGUGACCACAGGGUACCAACCGCUGCUCCCGCCGCACCACCACCACCACCCGAGCGGGACCUACUCCACCGCCAACGCCCGCCGCUUCGCCGGCGGCACCAGUGAGGGGUCCAUGACGCUCGAGUUCGCCAUGUCUGAGUACGGCGGCGGGCAUGGCACCCUGCCGGAGUUUAUGGGCGCCAACGCAACAAGGGAACUGACGCCAAUCGCCCUCCAUGUUUCUGCCAAAAUUUGUCUUUGUGCAUCUCUCCGGUGUGGAACUUAGUUCCUGUGAAGAAGUUGUUAAUGUCCGUCCUAACAGUGCUGAAAUAGUCCAAUGUGCUGGAAGAGGUGUCACCCGUUUCUUCAGCCCAAAAUAUGGAUUAACUGAGGUUCCGGUUCCUUCAUAGCCGACAAUGGUGUAUUGUGAGAAAUCACAUGCCAGGCACCAGAAAACUAGUGUUUCUUGGAUCCGGGGUCACACGGAGCCGUAGGCUUAGGUUCAGGUUCCCAAACCUUGCGACUUCACGAGAUCACGGUUCGGUCACAUGAAAACUGGCGAUUCUUGGUGUUGUUUUCACCCAUUUUGGCCUCGCUUAGCCAUUUUCACCUGUUGACGAGGAUCACGCGAAAACAAUCCCAAAACAGGCGAUUUGCCCUGUCGAAACGACAAUUCUGGGCAAAAAACCACUUCUCAGCCCAGGUGCUCUGGCGGCCGGAGCACCACAGCCGGCCGGCGUCCAACCGGUAGGGUCCAGGGUGGCACGGUGCCGAGCCGGUCCCCAGCCACCCAAAAACCAACAUUCGACUGCUCUCCAGGCCAGCCAAACCACCCCUCCCUACUAUACCUUAGGGACAUCCCCCUCCCAGGAGUUCGGGGGAUUUUUUGGGUCUCAGGGCUCACUGUUUUGAGAUUUUGCCUACGCCCCAUUGUAUUGUGAGAAAUCACGUGCCAAGCACCAGAAAACUGGCGUUUCUUGGAUCCAGGGACACAGGGAGCCACAGGCUCAGGUUUAGGUUCGCGAACCUUGCGACUUCGCGAGAUCACGGUUCGAUCACAUGAAAACUGGCGAUUCUUGGUGCCGUUUUCACCCAUUUCAUUCUCCCUUAGCCGUUUUCACCCGUUGACGAGGAUCACACAAAAACAGCCCCAAAACAAGCGAUUUGCCCUGCCGAAAUGACAAUUCUGGGCAAAAAAUGACUUCCCAGCCCAGGUGCUCCGGUGGUUGGGGCACCGCCGCCGGUCGGCGGCCGGAGUCUGGCCAACAGGGUCCGUGGUGGUAUGGUGCCAAGCCAUCCAAAAACCGACGUUUGGCUGCUCUCCAGGCGAGCCAAACCACCCCUCACUACUAUACCUUAGGGACAUCCCCCCUCCCAGGAGUUCGGGGGGUUUUGGGGGUCUCUAAGCUCACUGUUUUGAGAUUUUGCUUACACCCUAUUGUAUUGUGAGAAAUCACGUGCCAGGCACAAGAAAACUAGUGUUUUUUGGACCUGGGGUCACAGGGAGCCACAGGUUCAGAUUCAGGUUCAGGUUCACGAACCUUGCGACUUCGCCAGAUCACGGGUCAAUCACAUGACAACUGGCGAUUCUUGGUGCCGUUGUCAUGCGUUGCCGCGGGUUGGUCCGGGUGGGGCCCGGGGCAUGCGUAGGUCGCCCCGGCUGCGCUGUACACCGUAUUUCAUAGGUUCGGCCCUGCCGAACUGCCGUUUCUCACAGGUUUCGGCCCAGCACCAUUUGGCCAGCUGUCCAGGCCAUGGGUGGCAGCAGAUCUACCGCGCAGGUGGGUCCUCCGGGGGUCGUGUACUCUCAGAGGCCCAGGACCCGCGUGGGCCCUUCUAGGCUGUCGGGUGGGCUCGUAGGUCCGUUUUGACCCAUCUUGGCCGUUUCGUGGCCUAUAGCGCACGAUUUCGGGCAUCCCGAGACCCUUGCCAUGCCUGGGACCGUCUCAAAGUCCCGGUGGCCUAUAGCUCAUGUUUUUGGGACCCUUGCCACGCCCGGGCCGUGUUGUACGCCUAGUGCUAUUUUCACACGUUUCGGCCAUUCGGUGGCCUAUAGCUCAUGUUUUAUAGCGUCCUGGCACGCCCAGGCCGUCUCGGUCUCUCGGAGCUGUUUUCAUUCGUCUUGGCUGUCAUGUGGCCUAUAGCGCACGUUUUUUGUCGCCCUGGCAUGCCCGAGCCGUUCGGUGGCCCAUAGCUUACGUUUUUGGGCGUUUCGGCGCACCCGGGCCGUCUGGGCGUCCCAGCGCCGUUCUCACCUGUCUUGGCCU